AUGGGGGUGAGGAGGUUAGUGCGGGUGAUGGGGGUGAGGAGGUUAGUGCGGGUGAUGGGGGUGAGGAGGUUAGUGCGGGUGAUGGGGGUGAGGAGGUUAGUGCGGGUGAUGGGGGUGAGGAGGUUAGUGCGGGUGAUGGGGGUGAGGAGGUUAAUGCGGGUGAUGGGGGUGAGGAGGUUAGUGUGGGUGAUGGGGGUGAGGAGGUUAGUGCGGGUGAUGGGGGUGAGGAGGUUAGUGCGGGUGAUGGGAGUGAGGAGGUUAGUGCGGGUGAUGGGGGUGAGGAGGUUAGUGCGGGUGAUGGGGGUGAGGAGGUUAGUGCGGGUGAUGGGGGUGAGGAGGUUUGUGCGGGUGAUGGGGGUGAGGAGGUUAGUGCGGGUGAUGGGGGUGAGGAGGUUAGUGCGGGUGAUGGGGGUGAGGAGGUUAAUGCGGGUGAUGGGGUGA